AAGCUAUUACCGUGCGAUCCGUAUGAAAUGUCGCCGGAUAUUAGCUCUCAGGAAAUCGUGAAAGCUCAGGUGAAUUACUUUAAGUGCGGCGGGGUAGCAAUCAGCGUCUGCAUGUGGCAUGUGGUUGCCGAUGGACCAACUGCCGCGUCGUUUAUAUCUACUUGGGCUAAAAUAGCUAAUAAUGACGGCAGCGGCGGCGGCGGUGGUGGUGAGUUAAACGACGUCGGAAAUGUUGUUUAUGAUUGCACCACCUUUUUCCCUCCGAAGGACAUCAAAAGCUUGUUAAUGUCCAAUAUCAAGACUGAAGAAUUAUUAAGCAAUAUUACGAUGAAACGGUGCGUAUUAGACGGAGCCAAAAUCUCUGCGUUGAGAGAAGCAGUAGGUAACGGGCCGUAUUUAGAUCGUCCGACUCGGGUCGAGGCUGUCGGUGCUCUAAUUUGGAAGGCGGUUAUGGACGCAACCGGAGAAGAAUACGUAGCGUCAAUUCCUGUAAAUUUGAGAAACAAAAUGGAGCCUCCGUUGCUAAAGAAUUGUAUGGGCAACAUCAAUCAGGUGACGUUCACGACGGACUGUUCGUUGCAAGAUGACUAUAAUUGUUUAGCCGGAAAACUUCACGAGUCGAUAAAGAAGAUGGACGAUGAGUAUGUGAGGAAGAGCCAUGAAAGUGGCGAAUAUUUUGAAUAUGUGAAAAAUAUAGCUGCCGGGAUGACGGAGGAUCCUAAACUGUUGAAAAUGUUGGGGAUAAGUAGUUGGUGUAGGUUUCCGUUUUAUGAGUCGGAUUUUGGGUGGGGAAAACCCGUUUGGGUGACUCCGGCGAUGAUUAGCAGAGGUGUGUUUCUGCUGGAUACAAAGGAUGGUCACGGAAUAGAAGCCUGGAUUGGAUUGCCUGAAGAAAUUAUGGCAAAGUUUGAAAAAGACCCUAGAGUAUGUGACUAUGUUUCAUUCACCCCCAAUUAAUUGCAAUCUAGGAAGAAAAUCUUAGCUUUAGUAUGCAUGAAAUAAUGUUGCUGGUUGUAGUAGGAUGUAAACAGGUCGAGCUGAGCCUGAAUUCAAACUAGUUCAAGCUUGAGUUCGAAUGAUUUUUUUUUUUUUAAGUUUGAGCUCGAAUUCAGUUGCAUUAAAUAAUUUUUUAAAUUUUGAUUAAUUCGGUUUUUUUUAAUUUUCAGUAUAUACAUUUUGUAGUUUUACAAA